UUUAUUCAUAGAAAUUAAUGAAUUUAGUUCAAAUAAUUUGAAGCCAAGUAAUAAUUGAUUUUUUCGUUUUAAGAAAAAAAUUACCUUUUUACCAAAAAUAUUUACGAAAUGAUGCAAAUCUUUAAUUAGGUACAUAUUUUUCUGGAAGGAAGCAACUUACAUACUAAUAAAGAAAAUGUCGGACUUUGUUUCGCAAAAUAUGCUUCCUGAUCUUUGGGAGGAUAUUCUCCAAAGACAUUGGACUUAUUUGGAAACUGAAGAAAGCAUGCUCAAACUUGAUGAACGAAAAAAGCUUGAAGGUUGCCUUAAACAGUUCCUUUGCAUAGUACCACAUGAUAGAAAAUUUUUCCUACCCGAAACAUCAUAUGUACUGAAAAAAUCCAUUGAGGAAAUGCCCGACUUUUCUGCGUAUAACGCAAUGGUUGGUUUUGAAUCAAUUAGCCAAUAUGCAAAUAACUUGUUCACAAAACCUUGGAGAAAAGAAUAUAAAGUUAUAAAAAUGUACUCAGGAUUCUACCAACAUGAAAUCAAAUCCAAAUUACUUUACGCUGAAAAAUUAUUUGAAGCAAUGGGUUAUAGGCAGUUUAAUCAACUAUUAGUUCUUGACGGUCCUAUAUGCCCAGAUCAAGUUACAAAUGUUUCCAGAGAUGCUAUGGCUGCCUAUGUCGAAUGUCAAAUUAUGAAACAAAUAUUAAGUGGUUUGACAUCUAUGCAACUAUCUUGUAAUUGGCUAGAUAUAUUUAAAUUCCGGGAAACCCACAUUAGUGGGCAAAGUCAAGCUAUAAAAAUGAUGGCGCACGUACUUCAGGAAAAACGUUUUAGAAAGGAAAAAUUGAAUCAAGAUUCGUGUUAUGCAAGUAAACACCAACACAUGUUGCAGCAGCAACAGAACUGUUAUGCGAAUUGCAAUUCAGCUCUAUGUCAUUUUCAACAGCAGUCUAAUACAAGCCAUCAAAUUCCGAUGCAACCAAUAAAUCCCUGUCAGUUACAUAAUACUUCUCAACAACAACCGCCGACAGUUGUUCAUAAAUUUCCUCAACACUCUUGUACUUUACAUAAUAAGCAUAUACAGCCUUCUCAAUCAUCAAUUUACAACAAUAGUCAGCUAAAUUAUCCAAACUAUCCUCACAUGUCGCACUCAAAAUCUCUGGAGCAUUAUAAUGACUCCGUUACGAGCAGCAUAAUGCCACAGCGUCAUUCAUUUGAUCAUUAUGAACCCACUUUUGAUUGUGUUGAUGCGGGGUGUAAUUUCAAUGUGUAUAAUCAUCACCCUUAUAAUGUUUCUGGAAAUAGAUAUCCUUUGCCAUAUAAUAUUUCAAACCAAAUAAUGUAUGGUCAAGGUUAUCAUCAUCAGCAACCAAUUCCGACCCCUGUUCCAUCCUCACAUUCAAGUUUAGGAAACUUUAAUCAAAAUGGUCAUCAUAAUAAAAUUGAUGCUUCGUCAAUUUACGGAUAUCAGCAACAUCCCUCUCAACAGUGCACUGUUGCUAACGGAUCUAAUCGACCAAUAAAAACAUUGUCGCAUGAAUCAAGUUGUAAUGCACAUGCACAUGAUGAGUAUACUCCAAGCCAAAAUCACAGGCGUUCUAUAACGACUGCUAAUUCUUUACAAAAUGACCAACUUAUACAACUAACGAACCAAGUAAAGGAUAGCAUGUACAUUGAUACAGACGAUAAUGACGGAAAUUAUAUUUAUUCGAAACCGCGCCAUACUCAAUCAAAUUUGGCAAAAAAAGUACCAGUUGAUAUUCAAAAAUUACAUACUGACAAUAUUGAGGCGGCUAAACUUGUAAAGCAAAACUCAUCUUCCGCAAGCGUCAGCAGUAAAUCGUCAAAGUCAGCAAAUAAUAAAAACCAGGAUGGUGUGGGUUCAUUUGAAUCAUGGAACUUUGUUUUCCAAAAUUUAGAAAAGCAUGGAUAUUCCAAAGAUCUUGGAGAGAGAGGUGACUUAUUUAUGCAAGGACUAGAUUCAAAAACAAAUGAUGGAAAUAAUAUUGCUGGACAUUCACCUUACGAUGAUGAAACUCAUGCAACACCUCAUCAAAACUCUUCCAAAAAAAAUCGUGAAAGCUUAACAAGUAAUAUAAUGACUACACAAAAUUCAAAGCAUAAAGAUAAGCAAGAUUUAAAAAAUAAUCAUAGUAAUGCAACUGUACUAAAUAAUAGAGAAUCGAGUAGUAUUAGAAAGUCUCAUAAAACAAAAGUUAUGAAAAACUCUGUAAAUAAUAAUGUUGAAAAUUAUGUAGAAAAUUUGAAUUCAUCGUCAAACAGCUGUAAAGUAACACUUGGUGAAUGGAGCUGUAGAUUUUGUACUUUCCUCAAUCCGGAUUCGAAAAGAAUAUGUGAGAUGUGUGCAAGAAGUAAAGAUUUUAACUUAGAUGCAACAAAAUCUUCAACAGCGACCUGUGUUUAAAUUAAAUACACUAAAUUAAAACAUAAAAUAGAUAUAAGUUCUUAAUAUGGAAAAUUCUUAAAAUAUAUAUUAUUAUACAUGAUGUAUAUAAAAAGUUUACAAUAACCUAUAUUAUAUAUGGAC